UGGAAAGUUACGCUAUGCUUAACUUUGUCAUUUCACCUGUCAAACAUAAACAAACUGGAUUUGAAUUCUUGCUCCAUUGUUCCAUCUCAUAAUUUAGCCUAUUUCUUAUUAUAUUUACAAGGCUUUAAAUGAAUCAUAAUAAUGUAAGGGGUGUAGGUUAGUCGUCUGUUUAGUUUGGAAUUGUUAAAACUAAUAUCUAUUUUAAGAAUACUUCUAACCAUGUUGAACCAAAACACUGUUGAUGCUUUAAGAUCUGCGUCCUACGUCGAAAAUUAUUUAGAUUGUGUAGAAAACCUUCCUGAAGACAUCCAGAGAUAUCUUUCCAGGCUACAUGAAUUGGAUAUCACCUACAGAAAUUUUAUGAAAGAUGCUGAAAAUUUCAAAGAAACUUUACAAAGGGAGGAUUUAGAACUCAAUGUUCAAAGGAAGACUCUUUUCAAAUUGGAACAGAUCCUCAUUGCUCUUCAAGAAGUUGGUGAUGAAAAAGUUGAAAUUGGGCAGCAUAUACUUGAUUUAAUUGAUAACAAAUAUCGAGCUUUGGAUCAAGAUCUGAGGGACCUUGGAGCAGCAGAUUUACACAAAGAGGAAGAGAACGCGGAGAGUGGAACUGGCAGUACUGGGAAAGAAAGCAGCAGGUCUGAACCCGUGAACCCAGCUCCUAACUCGGCUACGAGCGAAAGGUCCAAGAGAUCGAGAAGAAAUCGUGGUGAAGAUUCCAGCGGACCCGCUCUUCCACCUGAAAAUGAAUCUCAUAAGAAGCGACAGAGUGGGGGUGCCGCUACAAAGAAGAAAAAGAGGAAGUCUCGUUCGAGCAAUAACGCGAGAGAUGACUCGCCUCCUAGAGAGGAAGACAUCAUUAAUGCAGUUCAGGCGGAUAUUGAUGAACCUACUUACUGCUUGUGCGAUCAGAUCUCUUACGGAGAGAUGAUUCUGUGUGAUAAUGACCUCUGCCCGAUCGAAUGGUUUCACUUUGUAUGUGUAUCGCUCACCACCAAACCAAAGGGUAAGUGGUUUUGCCCUAAGUGCAGAGGCGAUCGACCGAAUGUAAUGAAGCCGAAAUCACAAUUUUUGAAAGAACUCGAAAGGUACAAUAAAGAAAAAGAAGAGAAGUCUUAGUUUUAGUCACUGUACGAGAGUAUGUAGAUUUGGAAAAAAGAAAACGAGAAAAAAAAAACGAAGACGAGCUGAACUAAUGGAAUUUGUGACUGAAAAGAAAUAUUUUUCAAAUUUUCAUUCUUAUAUUUAUUUUAAAUGUAUAGUGUUGGGAGAUAGAUUGGUAUAUGAAAUAGGUACUAAAGUACUAAUACCGUUAUUGUUAUAGUUUUGACCAUGCAGUUAUAUUUAACAGUUCAAAAUUAAUUUUAUUUUUUGAUUCACUUUAAAAAAAAAAAUUAAAUAAAAGAUUAUGUGACAUGUAAAAAUCAAAUCUUUCUGCUCAAGUUGCAUUUAUUCUUUAUGAAAAUUCCAAAUUUGAAAAUAUUUAACUUUAUAAAAUGGAUCGAUACCAUUCUAUGAAAUGAUUCAUUAAAUAAAAUGUACUAAUAAUAU